CGCUGCUGCCCUCUGACGCAGCCGGCGAGAAGCGCGGCGGAGCCCAGCGGGAGCCGCACUCGGGCGAGGAGCAUCGCCGCGGCGGCAGCCUGCCCGCCGCUUCUCCCGCCGCUUCUCCCGCCGCUUCUCCCGCCUUGUCGCUGCGCAGGACGAGGCCGGGCGGCCCCGGCGCCGCGGCGCUCCCUUGGCUGCGAAGCGCCUGCUCAGCGUGUGCGUGGUCCUCCGGGAGUCCGCGAGAAGCCUUCUCGGCGGAUUGUCAGUUCUUGCGUCGUUGUGUAACACUGUUGAUGGGUCAAGGAAGUGGACGUCAAGAAAGAAGCAAGAAACUAGAGCUGGCAACAAGUGAGACCAUGCAGGCAGAAGCAGAUGUACAAAAUGAUAAAGAGGAAACCAGAGAAACAAAGAACAGACACGAGCAGCUGAGAUUGGUCUUCGGCAUGGCAGACUUAAAAAAUAAAGCUAUUGGACUGUACAAUAUUGGACAGACCUGCUGUCUGAACUCUCUGCUCCAAGUGUUCCUGAUGAAUACACACUUCACUGGGAUACUGCGGAGGAUUACAGUGCCACCAAGUGCCUCACAGAAGAGGAGGAGUGUCCCAUACCAAAUGCUUUUGCUGCUGGAGAUGAUGCAGUGUGGCAAGCAGAAAGCAGUUUCUCCCAGUGCCCUUGCUUACUGUCUUUCAGAGCACAGGGUGAAAUUGUUUGUGCAGUAUGAUGCUGCUCAGCUCCUUCUGACUCUCUGGAACUUGGUAAAGAGGCAGGUGACAAAUGCAGAGCUGAUUGAAAAGCUGAGUGAUUUGUACACUAUCUGGGUACAGGAGUACAUGGUAUGUCAAGAAUGCUCUUUUGAAACAAAGAGGAACAGCAACAUGAUUACCCUUCCGCUCUCAAUGUUGGACUCUAGGUCUCAUCUGCUGAAGACAUUGGAGCAGUGUCUGCAACACUUUUUCUUUCCAGAAAAGCUGACUGGUUGCAACAUGUGUUUCUGUGAAAACUGUGGAAAGAAGACACCUUUUUUGCAGAGCAUGAAGCUAGCCCAUCUGCCGCAGACCCUUAUCUUACACCUAAAGCGCUUCUACCUCACAGAAUCGUCCUCCAUCCAGAAGCUCUGUCACUAUCUGCCCUUCCCGCAGGGCCUUGAUUUCAAUGCAGUCUUGACAGAAGAGCAGUGUCAAGCAGAUGCCGGUGAAAAGGCUUCCUGGCAGUAUGAACUCUUUGCCGUUGUUGCUCAUUCAGGAUCAACUGAUUGUGGACACUACUGUGCCUAUGUUCGGAGUCUUACAGAAUGCAAAUGGUACUGCUUUGAUGAUUCUGAGGUUUGCCAGGUAUUGUGGGAUGAUGUCAAAUGCACCUAUGGACAUUCAGACCUCCACUGGGGACAAACUGCAUAUCUGUUGGUUUACAUGAAAAAAAAUCCCCAGUAGCCUUAUCCAGUACUAUCAGAGUGUCUUAGAAAGCUGUGCCUACUGCCCUGACUUGUCUGUGGGGCUCAGGACCUCUAUGCCACUGUGGAUGUGCACAGACAUUCCAAAGAGAGACCUGCACUCAAUCAGCAACCCCUGCCUUCAUGUUUGUUUGUGAAAAAUGCAGGAGUCACUCGGCUAGAGAAGGGUUGUAAGCACUGCUGCAUCAAGGAAUGUUUUCUUUCAUGGCAUAUGAUUAUUUAUUUCCUGUAACCUGAAUAUUUAUGUGAUUCUAUGUAUGACUUUCCUCUUAAAACAUAGUAAAGUUAGUCCUUGUCCCUGCGGAUUAACUAGUUUCUUUCACUGCUGAUGCCUGCAUUCUAAUACAGGAGAAGUUUUUGACUGGCAGACUGGCAUGUUGUUCCAGGGGAACAUGUGGUAUGUAUGGCUGGAGAGCUGUGAUAGCCAUACCUGGACAAUAAGACUGUCAGAGCCUGAAGCUUACCCUAUGCUCUGGGGCCAUGUUACAAGCACUGGCAAGCUGAACAGAGGACCCCAAAAGUCUUCAGAAACAGUUGAAUCCAGGGCCAAGGCCCUUAGGAUGCAUGGAUCAGUGACAUCUGUUCCUAAGAACCUUCCUAAAAAUGAGUCGCUGCAGCAUUUGAGAUGUGACUGAAAGUUAGUGUCAGCAUAGAGGUGCUUUUGAAUCAGGUACUAUUAUAGUAUUUCUGAUCUACAAGAUGAGCCUGCAUGAGUUUAUGCAGAUGUUUAUGGUUUUAGCAUGCUAAUCAGGCAUUUAUAUGCAUUUUCUUGCUUUAUGGAGAAGAAUACAGAGGGACAGAGAUUCUGAAGCUACUUAGUGAUUUUCCACAACACAUUUCGCAACACAGUGCUAUCAGAUGCCUCUUUGGUCUGAACUUUUGGGAUUUUCCUUUAGCACUUUUCAGCUUGUUGCUAGCAAGAAUUUUCUUGUUCCCUUCCUUCUCUGCCCAUGAAGUGGAAAUGUUCCUCAGGCAGAAAGUGUUCUGUAGAGAGCAAAUUUUUAAAGAAAAAUCAGUCAUUUUUAUAUCUCCAAUUAUGUACUGUCAUUUUGUGCUUUUGAUUCAGCCUGUGCUCCCUUGGCAAGACCAUGCAGCUAAGGGGAAAAUGCAGAAGGAGCUAGGAAGAAAGGUUACACAGACCAAUAGCAUUCAGAAAUCUUGUCACAAGAUUUAUCCGUGAGGAAAGUUUAAAAGUUUGGUUAUGAUGCUUUUAAAGCACUCAUUGUGCAAGUUUUGAUGUAAUACCUUCUAUGAAAGGACCAGUGAUCUAAAUCUAAACUUCCACUACAUCUGAAAAUACCUCCUAGCCUAGCAAUAUUCUUUGACACUAUCUUGGACUGAAAACAUUAAAAAAAAUUUUGAAUAGUAAUAGUGUCUAUAUAUAAUCUCAUUUACUUUGAUGAUAAUGAUGAACUUCCCAAAUCAUAUCUGUUUUCUCUUGGUAGGUGGAAAAUGAUUAGAGAGUACUUAAAGCAUACUUGUGAAAUCAAAUUAUUUUGAGCUAGCAGAUAUUUAUUUCACUGUAUUAUCAAGAGCUGUUAUUUUGUCUGACUUGUAUAUUCUUGUAUUUUUAUUGUUCAUUCUGAUGAAAAAAAAUCACGAUUUAUUGCUUGUGACAUGGAUGAGGAUUUUUAAGCCUGUUCAUUUUCAGGAAUACUUCACACUUUCUAAAGCACCUUGCAGCCGGUGAGUAAGAAAAACAAUUUCCUGUGUACUUUAUCCAGUACUCUUUGUAUGUGAAAUAGCUGAAGGACUGUGAACUGCCAGAAACUGAGAAUUAAUGGGUUAAGAGACAAAACAUUUCUGACUUGGUAUAAUCUGAAUUUUAAAAACAAGAUUUCGUGUUUAUGAAAAAAUAAUUCCUCAAACGUGUUGUAACGAUCUAAACAUAUCACCCAGUAAGAAAGCAUUUAUUAACAUACAUUAAGACUCUUUUCAGUCCA